GUUGGCGACACCUCCCGCGAAGUUCUGGUUUGCUAUGGGGCAAAGUAACAGCCGACCAGUCAACCGCUCGUGUGCGUACAAGGACCUGGUAAUCACCAUGAACGUUGCGCCCACCCAAACGGUGAAUAAGGCUAACUUUCAGCGUCUGCAACGCGACAAGCGCGACCGACGGGAACGCAAUACAGUUCAAGACAAAUCGUCGUGCUCACUGUCCUCUUCAGAUAUUGGACUGAAGGUGAUAGCACCCGGCUUCCUAAUGCAGAUAGGCGUCUCCGUGUUCGCAAGGCGAGAGUCGACGGGACACUACCGCAUAGGCUUUGUUCAAAAAGUCGAUAAGUUUUACAGUCAGCACGAAUACGUGGACGAGACGGGGAAACUGACGGGCUACGCGAGAUGGGAGAUGAAAGACAAGGACGACUGUGUCGAUUCGGACGUGAUAGAUAAUAUGCCGUAUUAUAGCAAACGAGCAUUCUUCGAAUUCGACGCUUCGUGUCUCAGUUCGACGGUCGAGAUACUCGGUUAUCUGUACAUGGACGACCUGCCGUACACGAAAGCUACGUGGAAGCUCGAUUUGGAAGAUAUUGGGCAUAAAGGUCAUCACUUCUUGAAGAGUAUGGUCAGAGAUGAAAAAUUCUUGACGUGGCUGGUAAUACAAGAUGUAGAGUCAGGCCAUUAUCAACCUCUCUUUGUCAUCCGAAGAGGCUUCUACUACCGUAUCGACAUUAACUGUUUGGAUAGAAAGGGAUUGGAAGUGCCCGUGGAAGAGAGAGCUCGGAUUGGCACGUGCAGUAGGGAGAGGGAGUUGCUUCCAGUACUCACGUUUGAUCCAUGUCUAAUUCCUCCACUCCCUGCUUGGCUAAACGGAAAACUAUCUGACAAGCACAAGACGGCGAAUGACACCAUGCGAUUUGUCUGGUACAGACACAGGGAAUCAACUCCCAAGACAAUCAAUACAUGAGUUGUUUCACAGACAUAUGUACUUGAUACUUUAAUUACUAAGUACUAGUCAUUAAUUAAAGUUUGCUAUUAGACUAUAAUAGUGUGUUUGUCAUUGUUGAGUUGUUGUGUCUUAUGACAAUUGCCAGUUUUAGUUCUGCCUAGCAGAGUUUCUAUUUGAUUGUUUUGAUUCUACAGU